UCGAUCCACCUGGACCUGCAUGCAUGCAUGCGCUACCUCCAUCAUCACAUCCAUCCAUCCACACAUAUACAUACACUAGCUACUUAAUUCGACUUUUAGAGAGAGAGAGAGACAUUUUUUGUUAGCUCAGUUCAUCGCUAGCUAGCUUAGCUCUCAUAGCUAAUUUAUAAGCUAAGCGAGGAACAUCGAUCGAUCAUCUCCUCAUCAUGGUUUUCUCUGGACAUGUUAACUGGCCGUUUGCUUUCGGUGUUCUUGGAAACAUCAUCUCGUUCAUCGUCUUCCUUUCUCCGAUGCCAACAUUCUACAAGAUGUACAAGAAGAGAUCGACGGAAGGAUAUCAAUCAAUUCCAUAUGUGGUUGGACUGUUCAGUGCGUUGCUUUGGAUAUACUAUGCUUUAGUGAAAGCCCAUAACACCACCCUUCUUAUUACCAUCAACGCCUUCGGCUGCUUCAUCGAGACCAUUUACAUUGCUUUCUUCCUCGUCUACUCAACACAUAACACCAGGAUGCAUACGACCAAGGUUCUUGUUUUGUUUGUGGGUGGCGGGUCAGCCGCAAUUGUUGGGGUAACUCAAUACCUGUUUAAAGGCGCGAUUCGGGUGGAAGUUGUGGGAUGGAUUUGCCUUGUCUUUGCGUUGUGUGUCUUCGUUGCACCGCUUGGCAUUCUCAGGCAAGUUAUUAAAACGAAGAGUGUGGAAAACAUGCCUUUGCUCCUCUCAGUUUUCCUCACCUUGAGUGCAGUGAUCUGGUUCUUUUACGGCUUCUUCCAAAAAGACAUGAACAUUACCGUGCCAAAUGUAUUGGGCUUCUUCUUUGGAAUCGUUCAAAUAGGAGUGUACGUGAUGUACAAGGACAAGAAGAAGGAGAUGGCAACAAAGGAUGAAGUGGGAAAACCCCAACCCGCCGCAGUCAUAAUCCUGGAAGCUGAUGAUGAGAAUAACUGCAGCAGCAGGCGAAAACAGGUCGUUCUCCGUGAGCUGAGUGAGGAACAAAUAAUCGACAUCGUCAAACUCAUUCAGAAAAGCGCAGCCGAUCAUUUGCAGCUGCAGCCUGCUGCUGCACCAAAUGCCGCUGCUCCUAGACUUCAGUCUGUAGAGACCUAGCUUAGCUUAAUUGAUCAUCGACCAUAUAUAUGCAUGUACCAUACACUCGAUCAUAUAUACUACGUACGUAUCCUAUAAUUACAUAUCAUGAAUUGAACCUAAACUCGCUAUAUGUAAUAUGCCUAUAUUAUAUUGUUCACAUCACAUCAUUAUAUAUAAAUAUGGAAUGUGUUGACAAUUUUUAGUUUGGCUGGUAUUAUUAUGUACGUAACAUGCACGUCUUCCCUUACAUUAUACAUCGGAUUUGG